UCUUUCUGUCUCUCAGCUGUAUAUUCAUUCAACACCCUCCACUCUACUUUCUCCAAUUCUCUCUCUAGAAAUUCUUUUUGGAUUUAAACAUUUUUAACGACUAAUCAUUGGGAUGCAGUGUAAGAAUUGAGCAAUAUAAUGAUAUAUACAUGUAUGUGCGCAGAUAGAGAUCGAGAUUGUGCGAAGCUCAUUUCUGGAAAUCUGAAGAAAUGCCGAUAGAUAGAUAUCAGAUAAGAAAUGUGUACAGUUUGGCUGAUCAAGAGCUCUAUAAAGCAGCAGAUAAAGAUGAUCCCGAAGCUUUGCUUGAAGGUGUUGCCAUGGCCGGUCUCGUUGGCGUUCUCCGUCAGCUCGGUGACCUAGCAGAAUUUGCUGCUGAGAUUUUCCAAGAGUUGCAUGAAGAAGUGACAGCAACUGCUGCAAGAGGCCAUGGUUUACUUGUACGUGCUCAGCAGCUUGAGUUGGAAAUCCCUUCAAUUCAAAGGUCAUUUAUGUCCCAAACAUGCCAUUCAGCAUUUUUCACCAAUUCAGGUGUUGAUUGGCAUCCUAAUCUGAAAACAACUCCCAAUCUUAUCACAACUGGAGAUUUACCUCGAUUUGUCAUGAAUUCUUAUGAAGAAUGUCGUGGGCCACCCCGAUUAUUUCUUCUAGACAAAUUUGAUGUUGGUGGAGCUGGAGCAUGCUUAAAACGUUACACUGAUCCCUCAUUUUAUAAAGUGGAAGUAUCAUUGAAUGAAAUUGAAAAUGCUGAAAUUCAAAGGGAUAAAAAGAUUCGCAAAAACAAGAAGAAAGGAUCACAAUGUAAAGUGGGAGGAACUCCAGAGAUUUCACCAAAUUCCAAGGCCAAACUACAUCAAUUGUUCAUGGAGGAUCGCAUGCAAAAUAAUACCACAAUCGAACCUACACAUCGUGUGAAACUAAAAAAACGACCAAACAAAUCUCCAUUCGAUUCAGAAAGUUACAUGAACAAAUUGUUAAAAUCUCCAUCAUCCAAGGGUAAAAUCGUCCAUCCACUACCUUUUCAUCCAUCAAUCAUCCCAGUGCCUUUCGAUUCCCCUAAUCAAAUAUUCAAGGAUACAAUUGGCUCACCUUUUAAUUUGGCAACACCAAGUAGAAGUCCAUCUGUAUCUUCGAGUGCCGAGAACACCGGUUGCCGGAUUCCGGCAGAUAAUCUCGCCGGAAAAGUAAUCGACCGGAAAAUUUCCGAUCUUACAAAUUCAGGAUCACCGGACGUCAAUGAAGAAAUCAAAACGGAUGGUGUUCAAAAUGGUUAUCGGUCUGAUGACGUGGCAAGUGAGAUGGAUAAUUACGUCGAUGCCCUUGGUACAAUGGAGUCUGGACUUCAAUUUCAAUUUUCCGAUUCUCAAUUGACGCGAUCUACCGGAAUCCUGUUUCCUCCACCGGGGGAGAAGACUCCCGGUUCUUCAUAUGAUGUGAAUGAAGGGGUAGUUUUGGAAGAAGAUGAAAAUCUUAAAAAUGAAGAAAAUCAAACAGACUUUCAUUCGCCAGCUGGCAGUCUAUUGUCGUUUCAAUUUUUCGGGAAUUUUGAGGGUGAGGUAGAGCAUGAGCAUGAGCAUCCUAAUGACGGCUCUGGUCCUAUGAUUCAUCCUCCCAACAUCUUGGAAACAGCCGACAAAAUCAACGAAGAUAAUCAUAGUACAAAGGAUGAUUCUGUAGUUGAAGAGACUUUAGAUAAUUGUGAGAAAUGUUCUUUACAUGAAGAGAAGUUAAAUGAAAUAGGAGAUGGUAAUGAUGAAGCUAAAGUAUCAUCUUUUAGUGAAGAUGAAAAAGAAUUAAAAGAGAGAGAAACAGGAUUAGUUAACUCAGAGACUACCCCUGAUGAUGUUGAUAGAAAUGACGAUAAAGCCCUUUCGACGCUUGAAGAUGAUACAAAAUCAAAUGGGAGAGAAGAAGACUCUGUUGACCCCCAAAUGGAAAAGAAUGUUGUUCUUCUCCCACUUGAUGUCAAUACGAAUGAAAAUAAUGCUAGAAAUGACGAAAACGCGCUUCCCACUCUUGAAGAUGAUACACCAUUAGAGGGUAAAGGAGAAGAAGACUCUGUUAACUUGGAGGAAAUGAAAAAUAUUGCUCCUCAUCUUGACGAAGAUGAUGUUGAUAGAAAUGACGAUAAUGCCCUUUCAACUCAUUCUUUUCUAGAAGAAACCAAUGAAAAUGGAGAAAAAACAGUUGUUUUGAAUGAUAUAGGCUCUCAACAUAUGACUAUAACUGAAAAACCACCUAUGUUGGAGUUACCAACAUCAGAAAUGGAAGAUAAGGAGGACCCACAAUUACUUUUUGCAUCCGCAGGCUCUCAAUUCUCAUCCCAAUCAGAUUCUCCCUCUCAUGACAUUGACCAGUUUGACCAAGUCAACCACCAAUUACCUCCGGUCAAACUGGAAGAUACACCGCCAUUGCCGCCACUUCCACCCAUGCAAUGGCGGAUGAGAAAGCUUGAAAGCCCUAUGUUGACUCCAACAGAUGGUGGUCAACUUAAAGUCAAUGAGAUUAAAAACCCGGAAACUGAAAAUGUGAAAUUUGAAAAUGACAGUAGUUUACACGCACAAGAUCAUGACAAAAAAUCAGCAUCAACAGAAGCCAAAUUUACAGAAAUUUUGGCGCCAAAAGAAGCAGUAGAUGAAAUUCCAAAUAAUAUUCGGCCUAUGAAAAUUCAACGACCCCGUAAUCCUCUCAUUGAUGCAGUUGCUACUCAUGACAAAAGCAAAUUGAGGAAGGUUCUUGCGAUGAGUCAGAUAACAAAGGGACAGGAAAAUGACAAACUAUUGGAACAGAUACGGACAAAGUCCUACAACUUGAAACCGGCUGCUCAAACUAGACCAAACAUUCAAGGCCCCACCACCAAUGUCAGAAUAGCUGCAAUUUUAGAAAAAGCAAAUGCCAUUCGCCAGGCAUUUGCUGGAAGUGAUGAUGAUGAUGAUGACAGCGAUAGUUGGAGUGACUCAUGAGUCAUGAGUCAUGAUAUAAUGCAAUUGUAGUUAAUAGUAAAAUACCAUCAUUUUUUUUACCACAAUAAAUAGGAGUUUGUGGUAAUUGGGACAUUUGAUUUGACUGUUUUGUCCUUUUGAGAGAUGCCAUGCCACACUCGAUCAUAUUCAAAUAUACAUGUACAUGUACAAUUGAUGAAAUGUUUGAGGUUGUAGAUUCUAUUAGGUGUAUACGGACAUUUUG